CCGGUACCAAUAUGGUAUCGAUAACAACUCUCGACAACAUAAAAUCCGUAUUCUAUUCGUGACAUUAUGGCAACGUGCUGUAACGAAUAAUAAUAACUGGGGCAAUGUGUAAUAAAUAAUUACGAUCGUGAUGAAAGAAGCGCGUGCGAGCGAUGCAUCAGUAAUGCCCGGUUUAGAGGAAAGUAUCUCGCACGACACAAGUUCACCACACACGCGCGUCCUAAUGUCCGAUGGGAACUAUGCGGUGAGCGAGAAACUUGAAAGAUACAUUUUCAAGUCGUGGAAUCCAGACGGUGCGCAAGGUGACGGCAACGAGGAAUGUCUGGAGAUUCUUAUUCCUGAGUUGCUGGAGCCAAAUUACAGCUUUUACACUUGGCCGUGUGCUCGCGUACUUGCCUGGUAUCUCUGGGAGCACAGGCAGAACUUGAAUGGCAAGCGGAUCUUAGAGAUCGGAGCUGGCACUUCGCUACCAGGUAUUCUCGCCAGCAAGUACGGUGCUAUCGUGACCCUGAGUGAUUCCGCAACCCAGCCGCGAACUCUGCAGCACAUCAAAAGGUGCUGCGAAGUGAAUGGAGUUGCGGACCGAGUCCGCAUCACAGGCAUCACCUGGGGCUUCUUCCUGUCCAGUUUGUUUUCAAUAGGAAACUUAGAUCUGAUCAUUGGUUCAGACUGUUUCUACGAACCCACUUCAUUUGAGGAUAUAUUGGUGAUCAUAGCGUAUUUGCUGGAAAAGAAUCCACGCGCGCGGUUCCUCUGUACGUAUCAGGAGCGCAGUGCCGAUGUGUCGAUAGAGCAUUUGCUGAACAAGUGGGGACUCACGUGCAUGCACGUAUCGCUGGACAGUCUCAGUGCAAAUCCCAAUGUCGACUUGCCUGAAUUGAUGCAGGAUCAUACGAUACACCUGUUGGACAUACAACGUGCGCAAUAAGUAGAUCAAUUCUCAAUUGUUAUGGCUGGUAAUGAUUUAAGAUAUAUGACACACGCCGCCAACAUUCCCUGGACAGUGAGUCGUCACGAGCUCGCGCUAAACUUUUCUCAACUCGGUUGCGUGAAAGACGCCUUUGUAGAAUUCGACGAGCAGACCCGUCUUUAUCAGAGUUACGGACACGUAACGUUCCUGAAGAAGACGGAUAUGGACAAUACGAUUCAGCGUAAGGGGAA